CAUAGUUGAUUGUAAUUCUUGAGAAACAUAACCUUAUUUAUUACCUCAGCAGGGAAAUCCAAUAUAAACUUGUUCAAUUUGACGGACACUUUUAAAUAAAAAUGUAAUUUCCCUAAGUUGCUUUGGAGAUAACCAAGUGUUGAAAAUGCAAAGCCUGCGGUAACCUACUCCUUCAGCCGAACUAUCAUUCUCAAGGGGAAGGUCCAGAUCUAAUAAAAGCGUAUAGUUGCCGCAACAGAUAGGACGGGAUGCAGUAUCAGACACUGAGGAUGUACCCAUGAAGCGGAUUCUUCUGCUCAGAAACAGCACUAGACACUACAAGGCUUGGAUAAAUUGGGUUUAAACUACAAAAACCGAGAACUGUAAAUUUCUUCGGGGAACGCCGUUUCAUUUCCAUCUGCACCCCCAAGACAAUAAAAUGGAUUUAAUCGUGCACUGGCCUCGAAAAGAUGGAUAAAGACCUGAAAAAUGGACUGCUAUGGAAGGAGCAAGAUGAGUAUGUGGUGACACAACCCAAGAGUGGAGACCCUUGGCAAAUCUGUGGGAUCAGAGGAGCCUGACUCAUGCAAAUGACUGGAGAUGCUUUUUAUGCUAUAGAGGCUGAAGUUGUUGUUGACCAUGACUCUGGACAAGAGAACAGCAGCAGCAAGUCUGGGAUCUGGAGAAUGUGCAACAUUUGAGAUGGAGAUAGAAGAACUAGAGUCAACUAAAAAUAAUGCUAAUUCUGCCUUAUCUAUGGGACUCAGAAGCUUGAUAGACAAAUGUCUGGAUCGUGGAGACUCUGUAAUGGAUUGAGAGUACUCUUCAUUCUCCAAACAUGUGGUCACCACCUUUAAUCUGCAGCACUGGUAUAUCUGAGUGAGCUUAACAGCCAUUUCACGAUGGGUGAUACUUGUCUCCAAUAUUCAUUCUAGUGAGCUCUCUUAAGCUUCAGGGAAGACUUCCCUGAAGAUUGUUAGAUCAUCCACUUGAUUAAAACUGCUGCAUCUUUUAUUGGCUCUUCAGGAUGACCUCAUGCUAGGGGAGAGGUCUGCAUAAGGCACCAUGGAACAGACUGCAUAUAUGCUAUUUUGUCUAUGGUUUUCUGGGGUAUUGUGGCUCAGCAGGUUAGUUUGCUGUGCUAGUGAUUGGAUGGUCAACAGUUAAAUUUUGAUGAUUUUCACCACUGCGCCGUUAAGCAAGGCCCUUAACCCCAAUGGCUAUCAGGACUGGCUGACACUGCACUUGGAUAAAAGAUUAAACAAAUAAAUUUUAUGCUACUGAUGACCUUCACAGGGCCUGCAGGACCAGUGGACAUAAAACAGUUCCAUGAUAUCAGAGAUACACCACCAUAUUUUAUGACGACAGGAACAUGGACAAGAUCAUCUUCUCCCUCCUGAUGCUUUGCCUGUUGGUACGAGGGCAGCUGUGUCCCAAGCGGUGCAUGUGCCAGAACCUGGCACCUUCCUUUGCCAUUGUUUGUGCCAAAACGGGACUGCUCUUUGUUCCUACAGUCAUUGAUCACCAAACCAUGGAGCUGCAAUUGACUGAUAAUUUCAUCACAAUAUUAAGAAGGAAAGACUUUGCCAACAUGACCAGUCUCUCGCAUUUGACUCUGUCCCGCAACACCAUAAGCCAAAUUAUGCCUUAUUCCUUUGCAGACCUCAGUCGACUCCGGGCACUCCACGUAGACAGUAACCGACUCAUUGUUAUAGGCGAUGAUCAAUUCCGCGGUUUGACAAACCUGCGGCACUUAAUCUUGAGUAACAAUCAGCUGCACACCAUUUCCCACCUAGCUUUUGAUGACUUCUUGGAGACAUUGGAGGACUUGGAUAUAUCAUACAAUAACCUAGUUAAUGUACCAUGGGAGACCAUCAGCAGACUGAGUAAUGUGAACACUCUUAACAUGGAUCAUAACUUGAUAGAACAUGUCCCCAUGGGUAUUUUUGCUAGUUUGCAUAAACUAGCCCGUUUGGACAUGACUUCAAACAAGUUGAAGAAGAUUCCCCCGGAUCCUUUGUUUUUGAGAAUUCCGGUUUAUACUAAAUCCAAAGGAUCACCUCUAUCUUCUCUGGUUCUUAGUUUUGGGGGGAACCCACUCCACUGUAACUGUGAGCUGCUGUGGCUCCGUCGACUUACCAGGGAAGAUGAUCUGGAGACAUGCGCCUCUCCACCAGGUCUAAUUGCUAAGUACUUCUGGACCAUCCCAGAGGAGGACUUCAUAUGUGAACCGCCGGUAAUGACCAGGAAGUCUCCAAAAACUUUCUCCAUGGAAGGCCAACCAGCUUCUCUGAAGUGUAAAGCAAAUGGUGACCCAGAGCCACAGAUACACUGGAUCGCUCCUGAUGGCCGCUUGGUCUCCAACACGUCACGGAUUACCAUAUUCAGCAAUGGGAGUCUCAAUAUCAACAUCACCUCCCUCAAAGACGCGGGCACUUUCACCUGCAUAGCAUCCAAUGCUGCUGGGGAAUCUUCAGACGUUGUGGAACUAGUGGUCAACCCACUGCCUCACCUAGCUAACAGCACAAACAGAGUACAGGAGCUAGAGUCAGGACCAUCAGACAUCCUCAUAUCAACUAAGUCUGUAUCGGGCAAUGGUACAAAAGUUCCAGAACCCAAGCUUGUUGUGGCUGAGGUAACAGGCAACUCCGUGCUCAUAAAAUGGCCUUUGCUAUACCACAUUCCAGGGAUCAAGAUGUACCAAGUUCAGUACAAUAGCUCUGCAGAUGACACCCUGAUAUACAGAAUGAUUCCCCCCUCCAGUCAAGACUUCCUUGUGAAAGACUUAGUCUCAGGUCGGGAGUAUGACCUAUGUCUACUAGCUGUCUACGAUGAUGACAUCACGUCCCUGACUGCGACCCAACAAAUCGGCUGCGUCCAGUUCAUCACUGAGAAAGAUUAUAGUCAUUGUCAGUUCAUCCACAGGCAAUUCUUGGGUGGCACCAUGAUAAUUAUCAUAGGAGGCAUCAUUGUCGCCUCUGUACUGGUCUUUAUCAUCCUGAUGAUCCACUACAAGGUUUACAGCUACCAAAAUGGGGACAAGGCCACCAUCACCAGUAUCCACUCCCAUCCAAAAGGUGGACGGACCAGACAGCUCGCCAGGUCCACCUCAAAAGGUUUCGAGAGCCAAGAAGAACAAUCACUAGCCUGCUCUGGAGUAUGGAUCGGGAGCGAGAGUUCUGGAGAAGUAUCUGCUGUCACGAUGAAAAACUGCAACACUAUGACACCAGCAGUGGGCAGCAAGAUUAGGCAACCUUCGGAGAUGAUGGCUGCAGACGCUGUGUCCCCUAUGCACAAGCAGCAAUCGAGGAUUUGCAGAAAACUCAAGAGAUACCCCUGCUGGUCACCUAAGGAGAGAACCACUGAGGAUCUACCUAGAGACAUGCAAAUUCCAGAGGUUGCAGAUGAGAAGAGAGGCUUAAAAAUUGUAUGAUACCUUUCAUAAUUGCCACUGUGCAAGAGAAAUUAAUCAGUCUGCAAUCUAAAGCACUUCUUAGUCAUGGUUUUUAAAUGGGGUCGGCAAUUAGCUGAAUUAAUGAAUAGAUUUAAGAACAGACUGUGUGAUAUUUGUGCACACAGCAGAGCUUUAGCUAUGCGACUGCCAAAGCCUUCUGUACUGUAUGCUGUAAACAAGCAGGUCUUUUCAUUUGUAGUGGUCUGACAUUUCCACAUGCAAAGGCCGGCCAAAACAGAGAAACCGCGGCCCUUAAGUAAUGCAAUCCCUGUUCCUUGUUUCAUUCUGGAAGUAAUGGCAAUACAUGGAAGUAAGUCCAUCUCAGGGAGGCUUCACCCAGUUUCCACCAAAAAUCAUAAAUGCAUUCAGAUUGGAAUUAUCGGUAUCCCUAAUCAUGGAAUCAUGAGUUUUGUCCGUGCUUACAUUGAAAGCUAUAAAGGGAUCAUUUUGAAAUGGGAUCAUUUUUAACCAGUUUAAUCAAGUGACGUUAGAAACAGUACCAUUGUAAUGGAUUAGAGGGCUUGAUAAAUACUAAGCCCCACCUUGUUUAGCUUAUGAGGAUCUGAUGCCGACGGAUCAGUCUGUAUCUAUUGAUUUCAGGUAGUUACAGCAUGAUUAUUGUCUCUGUAACACACUUACAAUGAUGAAGGCAUUUUUUUGUUUACGGUCUGUUUUCACUGAAGCAUAUUUUAACAACCAAUGAUUUCCUGUGAAACAAUAAGUGGUUCUGAAGUUAUUUCAUGUUUUUUGGGUAUUUUUUAUUAUGGUCUUAAGUGAUGAUUUGAGAUGCCCCCUUCUCCAUCCCUCCUUGUGCCGUUCAGAUCAGUGAUAAUGCACGUUUGCUUCAAAACUUUUUAUCAGACACAAACUCUGUCUCCUAGGGAAAGUAGGAGAAUGUACAUGCUAUUGUAUAUUUGAUAGACUAUGUAUGUGGGGAAAAAAAUCAUAGCUCAGUAACACAUUUUUUGCACAUACAAGCAAAUCGAGACUUUAUCAAAUUAUAUUUUGUGAAAUGUUUAGGCAUAAAUUAUGUUCCUCUCCAAGGUUUUGCUGAAGUACUGUUAGUUGCUAUGUAACUGAUGAAAUACCAAAAUGAAUUAUUCAUAGACUAGGUUAUUUUCAUCAUACAACAAAAAUAAAUACAUAAUAAUGAUGAUUUGUCUAACCCCUUUCUCCCAAACGAUGUAAGGAUAUGGCAGUAAUAAAAGAUAAGACUGUCAGUAAUAUAAGGCCUUCCUCCAUUAGUUCAUCUGCCCUCUCUUUUCCACUACAUUCUCUUCCUGAGCCCACAGUGCCUGGUACCAUGAUUCCUUGUUCUUACCUCUGGUUUCCCAUGAUGCUUUGCUUCUUUAUUUUCGCCUGGUUCUGAUGUUGCCACUGACAUUUCGGUCUAUACCAUAAUUUGUCUUUGGGUUCCUUGCCACAAUGUACUCUUUCUUUCAUUGAAACAAACUGUAUCUGGAGUUUUCAGGCUUUUUACAUGCCUUUUUACACGCAUUAUGGUUUUUGUCGAUGAAAUUGUAUAGAUCCACUCACAUAUCCAGCGUUCUCACGAAGCAGAUAACGGGUUGUAUUGGCGUAGCUGUUUACUUCAUUUUCUUUCUAACCAUUCUUCCCAAGAUGUCCCUCUGAAUAACACAUUCCUCAAAAACCCUGAACCAUAAUUUUAUCGUUAAGAGCAUUUUCUUAUGGCACUUUAAAGUGGAAAAAUCCCCUGCUCAGGUGGGUAAACUUCAUGUCUUGCAGUCCGGGACCCACUAAUCCCGGCAUCUGUCACCCAAAACAAAGACAAAUGAGAUUGUCCCAUACACUCAUUUAGAUAUAGCAGCACUCCAAAUGAAAAACAGAUUUUCUGAAGAUUGAUAAAAAAAAAACUAAAGAAGGAAGAAAAGAUACAGAAAUUGAGGUUAGAUUAGUAUAUAUGUCCUUGAGUUCAAACCUGUUAGAAGCUUGUUAUCAUCAUAAAUCAUUUUGGGUAGGCAUCUACUGGUAUAGCGUUUCCUAGAUAAAGGAAUAUUUGCUCAUUCCUCCUUUGAAAAUUCUAAUUCUGAAAAAAAAAUUUGGGAGAUUGCCAACGGACUGCACUCUUCAAUCUCACACAUACUGUAUUCAAGUAGCUUAAGAUCAGGUCUCCCUAUGGAUCGUUCACCAUGAUCUCUAGCCAGUCUUGUCCACAGACUGCUUGAACUUGAACAUGUUAAAAGACUUUACUAAUUUUGACUGAUUUCAGGUAGAGGGUGACUGAUUUUAUUCAAGAACCUGUUUGUAUCUGACACGAAACAGCUUCACGUUAUUUUUACAAAUGAUCCAGUGCCUUAGGAAGAGUAGCCUUCAUAAGUGAUGGGUUGUGGUAGGGAUAGUGACUCGGCAUAUUUAGUUUUCUCAAAACAUAACACUCUACAAAAAUGCCAAAAAAGAUACGUUUCACCAACAUGAAGAAAGCUUUUCCUGCAUAGCUUCAGAGAUUCCAUAGCAUUAUGGUGCAUGCCUUAAAUGACCCACAAAUAAAGCCUAAAUUAAUUAAAUUUAGGUCAUAAACUACUGCUUACACAUCGUAAGCCGAAAAACCGGAAAACAGUUAAUGAAAGCGUCAUUGAUUUGAUUAGUAUGGGAAAAAAACUCAGAGGGCCCUUGGUAGAAGAUGCCUACCACGCUUGGGCACGCCAACCAUACAGCUUAAGUUGGAUGUCCAAACAUUAGCAGGUAAGUCAUUUACGUUGGUCCUCUUCUCGUCCAAUGAGAACUACUGUAGUUGCCCAUUGCCCUUCCAAGCUUAGCCUUAUAGUUCCUUACAAUAUAUGGUACAGAAAGUAGUAGAAUUUGGAAAUUAUUGACUGAGAAGCAGUGUAGGAAUAUAAAACCAUUAUCCUUGCUGCUACCUUUUUUAUUCUUUGUAACUUGGGGAUAAUGUGAUUGGACAUUUUUGAAAGUAAUGCAUAAUAAUAAUGCAAUAAUCUACUGUAUAAAAAAGCAUGUAUUAAUUUUUCUGUGAAAUCGAUGCUUAGAGAUCUGUUUAAUUUUGCGUUGCUUGUAAGCUGUAAGAGGCAUGCCUCAGACUAAGUAACAGGUCCAUCAAAGGGCAGGUCAGACUAGAGGAUGUUGCCUGCAUUACAAAUUGAGUUAGCAAAUGUGAAAUAAACUCGUGUGAGUUAAUCAACAAAUAACGAUCAAUCAUUUUCCAUGUUUUAACUUCCAAAUUUCAAUGUAACAGUGUGCUUUAAUAAUUGACAUGAUAUAUUUUGGUUUGAAAGAUAAGUAGAUUUAAGUGUCUGAAAGUUGAUUUGGUAUUUUCACAGUCUUUAAUGGAAGCAUAUACAAAGAGAAGAGUAAAUCCCCUAACACUGAUCCCUAUUGAAAUGUAGACCCAUCUACGGAUACUGACGAUACCUCACAUUUAUCACAUAUCUUAGUAAAGUGAAUACGAUAUUCUAGGUAAGAGACAAACCAUUUAUAUUACAGGACUUGAAAGUCCCACAAGAGACUGUGGAACAAGAUUAUAUGGUCAAUUCGAUCAAAAGCUGCAACAUCAUAAUUGUCGAAAUACCUUCAUCUCAUGGUGUUAACACUUGAUGUCACUAACACAUUUUAUAUAAAGGAAAUCAGAUUGAUUUUUUUUUCUGGCGGAUGGUGAAUAUCUAUGUAUCUGUUGUAAUUGAGUUGAGUUUUUGAAAAGAAAGGCCAGAUUUGACACUAGUCUAUCUGUUAAAUACCUGAGUUUUAUAAUUUUUUUAUGUUUAGUUUUUUGGUAGUCCUCAGUUCAUUUGCACUUUAAAUGAUCCUGGAACAUGUUCUGCGUGAAGGGAUACAUUUACAGUGAAAAUCAGAACCAGCUAAAAAUUCCGUUAGCAGUUCAGUGGGAACCGAGUACAGCAGACUGGUCUUAUUCUCUAAAUUAAUAACUGCAAUACAAAAGCAUGAUUUAAAUGCCAGCUCUGCUCAGUAUAAGAGGAGUUAGACCUGUCUUGUGCAAGGUCCCUCUAGGUACCACAGUCUCUCCUGCAGUCCAAAGACAUGUAUCUAGGCUAAUGUGUGCUCCUAAAUAGCCUGUAGUCUAUGACUGCAUGUGCAAGUCUAUACCUGGGACAGUCUCCAGCCCCCUUGCCCAGAGUAAGCAGACAGAAGAUGGAUGACUGGUCUCUGUCUUUCCUCAUGAUUCUCCUGGAGUAAUAAAAAUCUGGGUGUAAACUCAC